CCGUCCGAGACGCCGCUGCCGCGCGCCUGGAGCCCCAAGGACAAGUAUAGCUACAUCGGCCUCUCCCAGGGCAACCUGCGCGUCCACUACAAAGGUUGGGACAAGCAUUCCUAUGGCUAUCAUGGCGAUGACGGACACUCCUUCUGCUCAUCAGGGACAGGGCAGCCCUACGGCCCCACUUUCACUACUGGCGAUGUAAUUGGCUGCUGUGUGAACCUCAUCAACAACACCUGCUUCUACACAAAGAAUGGACACAGUUUAGGUAUAGCCUUCACAGACCUUCCUGCCAAUCUAUAUCCCACUGUGGGGCUCCAGACACCCGGAGAGAUUGUGGAUGCCAACUUUGGGCAACAGCCAUUUGUGUUCGACAUUGAAGACUAUAUGAGAGAGUGGCGAGCAAAGAUUCAGGGCACGAUUAAAAGGUUUCCCAUAGGUGACCGGCUAGGGGAAUGGCAAGCCAUGCUACAGAACAUGGUCUCUUCCUAUCUGGUACAUCAUGGAUAUUGUGCUACAGCCACUGCCUUUGCCCGGGUGACAGAAAGUACAGUCCAGGAGGAACAGGGCUCCAUAAAGAACAGACAAAGAAUACAAAAGCUGGUUUUGGCAGGAAGAGUAGGUGAAGCCAGUGCCGGCAGUUCGUGGAGAUGGUGAAUGGAACAGACAGUGAAGUGCGCUUUUUCAGUACCCGCAGCCCCAAAUCACAAGACAGCUACCCUGAUUCCCCCAAUCUGAGUCCCCGACAUGGCUCCAAUAAUUUGCACAUCCACGUCACUGGAGCAGACAGCCCAAGCUGUAGCAAUGGGGUUACCUCCAUCAAAAGCAAACAGAGCCACAGUAAAUAUCCUGCACUGAGUUCGUCCUCCUCCUCCUCUUCCUCCUCAUCCCCUUCAUCCGUGAACUACUCAGAGUCCAACUCAACAGAUUCUACCAAAUCCCAGCAACACAGCAGCACUAGCAACCAAGAAACCAGUGACAGUGAAAUGGAAAUGGAGGCGGAGCACUAUCCCAACGGAAUCCUGGAGAAUUCAGCCACCCGAAUAAUGAAUGGCACUUACAAGCACGAAGAAAUUCUACAGACUGAUGAUUCCAGCAUGGACGGCUGCCCUCAGAGGCAACUCUGCGGAGGGAACCAUGCUGCCACCGAGCGGAUGAUCCAGUUCGGGCGGGAGCUCCAGAUCCUCAGUGAGCAGUUAUGCAGAGACUACGGCAAGAACACAACCCACAAAAAAAUGUUACAGGAUGCAUUCAGCUUGUUAGCCUACUCUGACCCUUGGAGCUGUCCAGUCGGUCAGCAGCUGGAUCCAAUCCAGAGGGAGCCUGUGUGUGCUGCACUCAAUAGCGCUAUUUUGGAGUCUCAGAACCUGCCAAAGCAGCCCCCCCUGCUGCUCGCCCUGGGCCAGGCCUCGGAGUGCUUGCGACUCAUGGCUCGCGUGGGCCUGGGCUCCUGCUCCUUCGCCAGAGUGGACGACUAUUUGCACUAGCCACUGAGUGAGGCAGAGUGACCCCUCCAGUUGCUGCCCUUUCACCUCUUCCUGCCUUGCGGUUCCUCACCUGCGCCUGCCCUCCACCCGCUGCCCAGCAGAAGGACACAGUGUUGACUCAGGCGGGAGGGGAGGAGGAGGAGGAGAGGACCCUUGACGCGCCUUCGUUGCUCGCCCUGAAAACUGCUCGCAGGGCCCCCCC